UUGUGUGGGGCGUGGGAGAGUGUUGGUUUUCUCGUCGCUGGCGGGGGCAUCCUUGCGCCCCCGAACCUGCGGCGGAAAUGCAAGCCCAGUGUCUUGAGGCACAGCGCUUCCUUUUGUAACUAGUCUAAAAAAAAUCUAACGCGUGGGCUUGUGUGGCGGUGGGAGCCUGCCUUCCCAGAAGGGAAGACGGUCCCGGCAAGUGUUAAAAUGGCUCCUGCCCCAUUUCUAGCUGCUUUCACCCUCCUGUGCGUCACAGGGUGAGGCGGUGGUUACUCAGAAUCGUAGCUUAUGCUGGUUUGAUCAGGCUGCUGUGAGAACUUUUAGUGGAGGGAAGGGGAGUUGGCAGUGGAGCGCUUACGCGCACUUACAUUUAGAGCCCACAGUUCUGACCCAGGAGGACAGUUUUGGGAGAAGUAACUUUUGCCAAGAUUUAACUGUUGCUGUAAGGUUUGAAUCCCAGAGCAUAAACUGCACCAGGAUCUUUCUCAAGUGUUGGAAGCCGAACUCUGUGUGACUCAGGGAAGGGAACUGUGGCAAGCUAAGGAGGCCAUAUGUCAUGUAACUUCCAGAACUCAUGUCAACACCAAGCCCUCAGCUGCUGGUGACAGCUGCUCAGCAGACUCUGGGCAUAGGAAAGAGAAAAUGUCCACCUCGAGCUACCUGCCUUCACCUGGCAGGAGAGGUGCUGGCUGUGGCCCGCGGGCUGAAGCCAGCUGUACUCUAUGAUUGCAACGCUGCAGGAGUAUUGGCACUCAAAAGCUAUCUGGAGGAACUACAGAGGCUGGGCUUCCUGAAGCCAGGACUUCAUAUUCUUGAGAUUGGAGAGAAUAAUCUCAUUGUUAGUACUGAGUAUGCCUGUCAGCAUUUGGAACAGACACUGCUUGGUACCAUAGCUUUCGUGGAUGUUUCCUGCUCCCAGCCUCAUCCUUCUGUCCGGUCAUUGGACCAGCUCCUGGACUUGAAAUCUCUCAUAGCUGAGAUCAUCACACAUUUUCAAAGUCUGCAGAAGGAUGUGUCUCUGGGAGUCUCUUACAGCAAGCUACAUUCCUCAGACUGGAAUCUCUGCACUGUAUUUGGGAUACUCCUGGGCUAUCCUGUCUCUUACACAUUUGACCUGAACCAUGGAGAUGACAACUGCUUAACCAUGACUCCCCUGCGGGUGUUUACUGCCCGGAUUUCAUGGCUGCCUGAUCAACCUCCAAUUCUGCUGUACUCCUUUAGUGUUCCAGAGAGUUUGUUCCCAGCCCUGAGGAACUUUCUAAGUGCCUGGGAGAAGGAACUCAGAACCCGAUUUAGGGCUCAGAAUGCCUUUGCUGACCUCAGCAUCUCCUCUGAGGUGGUCAUACUUCCUGCUGUGGCCCUCUGAGUUAACUCUGCCCGUUGAUAAGGUAUCAGUGAAUGGCUCUCUCUGGGUGGAAGAUGUCAGUUAGGAUGAAUGUUGUGCAAUCAGGUGACCACAUAUAUGAAUGGGGAUUGUUGUUGGCGGCAGUAGUAUGAUUUCCAUCUUUAUAUUGGGAGGUCCUAGGUCCUUAGCAGAGGUGCCUGUUUGAUUUUCAUUGAAUAAGAGAUAGAAGAAUGGGAAAGGGAGCGUUGGGGAGACUUAAGCAGUAUACCCUUGGAUGGUGGCCUCCCUUAGUGGAUAAUGCCUUAGAGGGAAGGAGAAUGACUAGGUAAUUUCCAUGUUUAUGGAACUCUGGGUAUGAUACAAUGAUGUCU